CCAUGUAACAGGGGUAGCGGUGAAGUCGUAUCGCCCGGACUGUGCUUGAGGAUUGUGGGAGAAUUCGAACAGCAGCCAUUUUCGGGUCGCGACUGUCAUUCUUCGAACACGCUUCUCAGACUGAGAACGCAGCGGGUCCCGCACUCUCCCAAAACAACUUCCCGAGGAAAGAUCGGACGAUGUCGAUUCACUUUGCGAACAGCCUUCCUGUAUUUUGAUCCCAACUCCCGAUGAAACCAACCGUCGCAAGACAAGAGAACAUUUUGACUAGGCUAAUUCGUGCCCGGAUCGAAUUCAUUAGCUAAUCAGCAAUGCUAAUAUAAUUGGUAACAAUGUAUUGCUUAGAACUCGCAAGCUUUUAGACGCCAGCGACAAUCGGAUUUAAGCAAAGUGGUGUUCCGUGGGCUAUUUUGUAUUUAUUUAUUUUUACAGCUAGUUCAGAAGGCUGAAUAACGCGUCACCCGGAUCUUACCCGUGGGGCAACAGCAGGGGAGAGCAGUGUGUGCGAACCCGGGUUAUCUCCACCAUGGUGUACCCACGCAGCGAGGAGGCCCUGGAGCGCCUGUCCCAGGAUGAGAUCGUGCUCAACACCAAAGCUGUGAUGCAGGGCCUGGAGACCCUCCGCGGGGAGCAUGCCCAGCUCCUCACCUCCCUGCUGGACUGCACACAGCCACCUGCUGCCCAGGAGAAGUCAGGCCUGCUGCGUAAGAGCCUUGAGGCCAUCGAACUGGGCCUGGGAGAGGCACAGGUGAUCAUUGCCCUGUCGGGCCACCUGAGUGCGGUGGAGUCUGAGAAGCAGAAGCUAAGAGCCCAGGUCAGACGACUGUGUCAGGAGAACCAGUGGUUACGAGACGAACUGGCAGGAACACAGAGCAAGCUGCAGUGUAGUGAGCAGAGUGUUGCCCAGCUGGAGGAGGAGAAGAAACACCUGGAGUUCAUGAACAAGAUCAAGAAGUUUGACGACGACGUGUCUCCGUCUGAGGAGAAGGCUGCGGGCGAGACGUCCAAAGACAGCCUCGACGACCUGUUCCCCAACGACGACGACCAGGGACAAGCCCAGCCCAGCGGAGAGGCUGCGGCCCAGCAGGGUGGCUACGAGAUCCCGGCCCGUCUGAGGACUCUUCAUAACCUGGUGAUCCAGUACGCCUCCCAGGGGAGGUACGAGGUGGCCGUGCCCCUCUGCAAACAGGCCUUGGAGGACCUGGAGAAGACCUCCGGACACGACCACCCCGACGUGGCCACCAUGCUCAACAUCCUGGCCCUCGUCUACAGGGACCAGAACAAGUAUAAAGAGGCAGCCCACCUGCUGAACGAUGCCCUGGCCAUCAGAGAGAAGACUCUGGGGAAGGACCACCCUGCGGUGGCUGCCACUCUCAACAACCUGGCCGUGCUCUACGGGAAGAGGGGCAAGUACAAGGAGGCUGAGCCCCUCUGCAAGAGAGCCCUGGAGAUCAGAGAGAAGGUCCUGGGCAAGUACCACCCUGACGUGGCCAAGCAGCUGAACAACCUGGCCCUGCUGUGUCAGAACCAGGGAAAGUACGAGGAGGUGGAGUAUUACUACAGACGAGCCCUGGAGAUCUACCAGUCCAAACUAGGAGCUGAUGACCCCAACGUAGCCAAGACCAAGAACAACCUGGCUACAUGCUACCUCAAACAGGGGAAGUUCAAGGAUGCUGAGUCUCUGUACAAAGAGAUCCUGACCCGAGCACACGAGAAGGAGUUUGGCUCAGUCAACAAUGACAACAAACCCAUCUGGAUGCAUGCGGAGGAGAGGGAGGAGAGCAAGGCGAAGAGGAAGGAUGCUGUGCCCUAUGGAGAAUAUGGGAGCUGGUACAAGGCCUGCAAAGUUGACAGCCCAACGGUCAAUACCACCCUGAAGAGCUUGGGGGCGCUGUACCGCAGACAGGGUAAACUAGAGGCAGCUGAGACACUGGAGGAGUGUGCUACCAAGACACGCAAGCAGGGUAUAGAUGCCAUCAACCAGAGUAAGGUGGUGGAGCUCCUGAAGGACGGGGCCCCUGGAGGGGGGGAGCGACGUCAGAACCGGGAGGGUUUUAGUGGUCCCCAGCGGGGGGACUGUGAGGGAGAUGAUGGAGCAGAGUGGAACGGGGAGGGUAACGGUUCAUUGCGUCGGAGCGGCUCCUUCGGAAAGAUCCGCGACGCCCUGCGCAGGAGCAGUGAGAUGCUGGUGAAGAAACUACAAGGCAGCGGCCCCCAGGAGCCCUGCAACCCAGGGAUGACGAGGGCGAGCUCUCUCAACUUCCUCAACAAGAGUGCAGAAGACCCCUCACAGGAUGCCAACACGGGCCUUUCGGAAUGCAGAGGACUGAGCGCCAGCAACGUGGACUUGUCAAGACGCAGCUCCCUGAUUGGUUAAACAGACAGGAGGCGGGACCAGGAGGAGGAAGGGCCAAUGAGAAGAAACUGCUGGCUGUCCGAUGCGAUCAAAACACACUUCAGGUCCCAAACACUCGCAUUCAAGACAUUUUCGGGGAAAAAAAUGAUCGAGAAAAACACGACUUGACAUGGCUUUUUUGUGACAAAUCUCUGUGUCGGUCUGCUUCACUGUAUACUUCGCUGGCAUCAAACAGUAGAGAAAAUGAAUAUUUAACACGGCAUGCUGCAUACUAGAACAUGGAAUGUCUGCACUACUUAUGGUGACUGAGGCAUAGCAUCAUAACAGAAUAGCGAGUAAUUAUUAUUGCAACUUGACAAAUGUCUAUCAUAACUGCCUGGUACUUCUGGUGCAGACGCUCGGCCAUAGAAAUCGGAAUAGAACUAGUUUAUCUGUCUUCGAGAAGUAUCACACUCAUUGAUUACUAGUGGCAUGAAUACUGCAAAUGCUAGCAACCUGUUCAAUAGAUAUCACAGUGCUAGAGCGGUAUAAAUCAUAUAGGUUUUUAAGACGAGUUACAGGAGGUAUGAACUACAGCUGUUAGAAGAUUCAGCAAGGACAAAGACUGUACACAAUAUUUUGGCGAUGAUGAAAAUAAUCGGAGUGCGUCUGUAUUUUAACAUCAAAUGGGAGCAAAACAGCGCUGACCAGUUCAAGCUCACUAUUUUGCCUUCUGAAUUUUUGUUCUGUAUAUACUGGUUUAAGUUAUUUAAUAUUUCUUUCUUUGUAUAUAGCACAAGCAGUUUUUGUUUAGAGCAUAGGAGGACCUUUGUUGGGGAGACAGAUGCUGGAAUAAUGUCAAACAAGUGAAUAGAAACGGAGAAAAUACACUCACCAGACAGUUUAUUAUAUUACCCCUCUAGUACCGGGUCGGACUCCCCCUUUCCCUCCAGAACAGCCUGAAUUCUUCGGGGGAUUAUACAAGGUGUCGUAAACGUUCCACAGCGACGUUGGUCCGUACUGACACGAUGGCAUCACGCAGUUGCUGCAGACUGUGCGGCAGGUACAUUCAUGCUGUGAACAUCCCGUUCCAUCUCAUCCCAAAGAUGCUCUAUUGCAGAGGUAGGCAACCCUGUUCCUGGAGUGCUGCAGGGUUUUUUAUCCAAAUAGGCCCCACACCUGACCAACUACACUAAUUGAUCAGGUCAGUAAUCGCUUACAUUCAACAGACCUGAACAUCCACGUCAGUUAACUCAAAAACAUGGGCCAGGGUUUCCUACCUCUGCUCCAUUGGUUGAGGUCUGGGGACUGCACAGGCCAUUCAAGUAAACUGAACUCGCUGUCAUGUUCCAGGCAAUGUUUUUCCACUCUUCAAUUGUCUAGUGUUGGUGAUGGCGGGCCCUCUGGAGCCGCCGCUUCUUGUCUUCAGAUGAUAGGAGUGGAACCCGGUGGGGUCGUCUGCUGCAGUAGCCCAUCCGUGACAAGGAUUAACAGGUUGUGCAUUCCAGAGAUGCCGUUCUGCGCACCAGUGUUGUACGGCGUUGUAAUUUGUCUGUUUGUGGCCCGCUUGCACGAUUCUUGCCAUUCUCCUUUCUCGUCAACGAGACUGCCGCUGACUGACGAUCAUUCCACGCUCAGUCGCUUAGGUCACUCGUUUUGCCCAUUCUAACUUUUCAUUCGACAGUAACUGAAUGUCUCGAUGCCUGUCUGCCUGCUUUAUAUAGCAAGCCACGGCCAUGCGACUCACUGUCUGUAGGAGCGAUUCAUUUUUGUGGACACGGUGGUGUACCUAAUAAACUGAACAGUGAAAAACAGUGAAAAGACAAACGGGGGAAUAUAGACUAGUAAAGAGAUCAACCAGGGGGAAUAUAACUUCUAGUCAAAUGUAUUACUUAGUCUCGUUUGACAUCAAGUGAAAAUUUGACUUAAACCGAAGUUAGGAUUUCCCUCAAUCUGUAGCCUGAUCUGUCUAGAUUUGUUUGCGCUCUAGCCAACUACGCUAUCAUUAGUUGCCUUACCAGACAAUUCUGAACGUGAUAAAUAAGGCUGUUUACAUAGGCAGCCCAAUUCUAAUAUUUUUUUUCCACUAAUUUGUCUUUUGAACAAUCACAUCAGCUCCUUUCACAUCAGCUCUUUUUCAGAGCGGAUCUGAUUGGUCAAAAGAGCAAAUAGUGAAAAAAUAUAUAUAAAUCGAGCUGCCUGUGUGAAAGUAGCUCAUUUGGCGGAAGCACAGACCGAUUUUUAAACCAGGUUCGAAUUCAUUAGGCACGAAACUGAAGAAAAGGGGCUGAAACCUAGGACAACCUGGACUUUUCCAAUAAGAAAUGUUCGUUUUCUGUUGCUCCAAAAAAAGUUUUGCUACGAUGUGCGCUAAUGAAUAUGAGGCUAACUUAGUUCUGCUCAGGGGGGGGGGGGAAUACUGGAAAUGCUGACAUUGGACAAACAGUGCAUCUCAGUCAGUGUAGCCCUUUAGGCACGACGCGGUACAGUCUCCAGACACACUAUAAAUGGAAUGCACGGACACAGCACAACAUCACUCCAAUCAAGUUAGAUUUCCACGUAGUUGUACUGCUCUCUGAUGAGUUUAGCGAGGUACUGUAUCUGUUUCUUUAAGAGGUUAGAGUUGGGAGAACGGUAACGUUAUGUAACUAUCAAUUCUUCUAGUUCUUGUGACUUCUCUCUUUCCUUGGUUGGCGUUUACUGAAUAUGUGAGCAUGAUCUGCCCAUCUCUUUUUAUAUAUAUAUAAAACAAUGAUUCCUGAUCACUACUGUUGAUUGGAAUGAUUCAGAUCGGUUUACAGAAGCUGGCUCUAGGAUGAUCCAACCAAUGGCAGUCCUCUCACCAAACGUUGUCGUCAUUCGGUCUGUUUUUGUCUGAUCGGCUCCAACCUCAAGUGAAGAUGUGCAGGUUCUUGUUGAACACCGAGUGGUUGAUUUAAAUGUUGGGUUUUUACUUUUAUCAUGGGAGGGAGGAACAAGGAGGAGGGGGUUGAGAGUCGCGUUGUGUGUUGGCUCUUUAAUUGUUUUGUUUUUUAAGACUGAUACCAAGAGACUUGGACCACAGAAUGUAUAUUACUGUACGUCUUUGAGAAGGAGAGUGGUCUUGACUAUUUGCAUCUUCAGAUUGCGCUGCUAGUGCUUUGUCAUGUGGGGAAUAGGGAUGGGAACGGGGAUAUAGAUUUGUACAUGGAGGGGAGAAAUGAUGGAACAGAGGCUAAAGUGUGUGACAAAAGAAGAAUGAUGAGAGGAAAAAGAGAUGUGAAUCGCUGUUAGGUGAGAAUCAGUGACUGAGGGGGUGCUUUGCAUCAGUGCAGCAAAUAAUGUACAGAAUUGCCCAUCUAUGACCUCUGUCACACGCACUCAAACUUACUCCCAAUGCGUACAGGCGCAUUAUCUCAAACACACACUUCCAUGCUUUGUAAAUAUGUAGACGUUGGUGGACUGUAGUUUGUAGACCUAUAAAGAGGCUGUAUUUAUACACCGAGGAAUGUUUAAAAGAAAAACACACAUACCUAAACGCAGUGCUUCUCUUCCAGAUAGAUAGAUAUAUAUAUUUGCCACAUGUAGAAGUAAACACCCCUCACUGAGUCAGUGGGUUAAUAUGGGAUGGGGCGGGGGGUUAUGUGAUGCACUCUACUUCAGUAUAGCGGAUCUCAUUGUUAAGGGGCCAACAACCUUGUAUAUUUUAUUGAAAGUUCAAUAAAGGAAAAACUCCACUUUUCAAACUGA